GCAAACUUUCAGUUCGAGGGCAUUGUGGGAAGCAGCCCUGGUCCGAGGCAGAUGCCUCACCUGUCAGCCGCGCCGGCUCCUGCACUUGGCUCUCGCCACUCGGCACCCGUCAGGCUGGGGCGGAGGCGGCCCGGUCACCAUGUUCUGCAGGCUGGAAGUCCAACAUCAAGGUUUCAGCAGAGCUGCGUCCUUCCCACGGGGCCUCUGAGAAUCUGCCCCGUGCUUUUCUCCCAGCUCUGGGGCUUUGCUGGCCACCUUGGGCAUUCCUUGGCUGUGCCCUCAUCUUCACAGGGUGCUGUCGAUAUACAUUUCAUAUUGCUUUUCAGUCGACAAGGGAAAUUACGGCUGCAGAAAUGGUACACAACUCUCUCUGACAAGGAAAGGAAGAAGAUCACCCGGGAGAUUGUUCAGAUUGUGCUCUCUCGUGGUCAGAGGAUGAGCAGUUUUAUCGACUGGAAGGAACUAAAACUUGUUUAUAAAAGGUAUGCUAGCUUAUACUUUUGCUGUGCAGUAGAAAGUCAGGACAAUGAGCUCUUGACACUAGAGAUUGUGCAUCGUUAUGUGGAGUUGCUGGACAAGUACUUUGGAAAUGUCUGUGAGCUGGAUAUUAUCUUUAACUUUGAAAAGGCUUAUUUUAUCCUGGACGAAUUUAUAAUAGGUGGAGAAAUUCAGGAAACGUCCAAGAAAUCUGCUGUCAAAGCCAUUGAAGAUUCUGAUAUGUUACAGGAGACCCUGGAAGAGUACAUGAACAAGCCGACGUUCUGACUGCACCUUCUUGAAGUCUCUGACUGCUGCGUGCUCUGGCCUUGCAAAGAAGCAGCGCCCCGCCUCCAGUCAUUGGACAGAGCCUCCAGCACCAUGCCAAAAAUAACUUAAAAGGGAUUUUUUUUGUUAACUAGCAAAAUUGAAAGUUGUUUAACAUAUUUAUCAUUAUUACAUGCCUGUAUUAUACUGUAUAUGACUUAUUGUAGCUCUGGAUGUUCACAUAACAGCCUCAUGAUUCAGUAGAUUUGAACAUUUGUUUGCAAUGUGUUAACUCCAUGUAAUUUUCUAAGCUAAUUUAAAUACAUUUAUUGUAGUAUGUUUUUUUGCUGCAUUUGGUCCUCUACUGACAGGCUGAGAACUGUAUUAUAAUAAUCCGUGCUUUAGAAUGUAAAGUAGCAAUACUUUUUCUAAAGGUUUAGCUUUUAAAAUUAUCUGAUUGAUCAUUCAAAAUUAUGUUAAUAGUUCAGAGUUCAUAUGUAAUGCUAGACAUUUUUUAAAAAUAUAUGAUUUUAUUGAUUUUAAAGAGAGAAGAAGGGAGAGGGGGCGAGAGAGAGAAAAACAUUGAUUGAGUGCCUCCUGCAUGGCCCCCACAGGGGAUCGAGUCCCCAACCCAGGCACUGAGCCUCCAACUGGGGCAUGUGAUCUGACGGAAUAAAAAUGGCAGCCUUUUGGAGCACGGGAUGAUGCCCAACAAACUGAACCAUACCAGCCAGAGCAAUGCUGGACAUUUUAAAUACACUUGAUAAUAAUGAAAUUUCAGUCCAGAUACAAUGUAUCUGAUCUUAAUGUCCUGAAUUUAUUUAUUUUUCAGGGUUGGAAUGAAGAAAAGAACCAAAGAUAGUUGUGUUUUUGAGGCCUUGGAAGCUGCUCUCUUGGCUGACAUUUUAAUUUUACCUUUUAAUUUAACAUAAGGGACAGUAUAAUGAGGUCAUGUUUUCUACAAACUCUAUAUAUUGAUUAAGGUUUUAGACAUCUGGAGAUAUAGUGUCUAUAACUUAUUUCCCUUAUUAUAAAAAUAGUAUAAUAGAGGUAAAUAACAAGAGUAAUAAUUGUUAUUAUUACUAUUUUAAUAAUCUUUAUGUUACAAAGCACUCUUAGUUGCUGGAGAGAUUUUGUUUUAACUAUGUUUUAAGGUAUUUUUAAGAUAUUUGAAGACUUACUGUUUAUUAGGCUUACUUAGGGCAUUUAAUACAGGGCGGGAAAAGUAGGUUUACAGUUGUUCAUAUGGAAAAUGAUACGAUUAUAAUAAUAAAAGCACAAUAUGCUAAUUAGACCUGAUGGCCAAACAGCAGAAUGACCAUCCAGACAACCUUCCAGAGGAAGC